AUGCCUCACCGCAACCUCAUCUGCCGCCUUCUCUUCUGCGCCAUAGUCUCUGUAUCUGUCCUUAAUGUAUUCACAAAGGCCGCCACGCCCCGCUUGCACCGUCCCGCAAAGGCCUCGUCCCACCACGGUUCGUCCGACAUUUUCUGCCCUCAGUCCCCGCUCGCCAAGGACGUCCUGGUGGUACUACGAACUGGUGCCACAGAGUCCCUUGAAAAGGUACCGGUGCACUUCCAGACCACGUUGCAAUGUGUGCCCCACUAUGUCAUCCACUCGGAUCUAGACGAAGAGAUUGAGGGCCAUGCUGUACAUGACGUCUUGAAGGGCGUCAGUGACAAGACCAAGCAACAAGUCGACGACUUCAAGCUGUACCAUCAACUGCAAAAGCAUGGAAGGCGUGGAGUACCACAGCAGCAAGUCAUGACGUCGCUGUCUGGUUCCUCGCAGGGUGAUUACAUGCGUACCGACAACGCCGGGUGGCAACUGGACAAGUGGAAGUUCUUGCCUAUGAUUGACCAAGCCAUCAAAGCGAAGCCUGACGCCAAGUGGUAUGUCUUCAUCGAGACCGACACGUACCUGGGCUGGAACAACCUCCUCGAAUACCUCGCCAACUUCGACGACAGCAAGCCCUACUACAUCGGCAAACAUCUCUACAUCAACCAAGUCGAGUUCGCAUACGGCGGCGCUGGCUUUGCCUUGUCCAACCCCGCCAUUAUGAAGGUUUCCGAACAGCGAUCCCAGCACCUAGAGGAAUACGAAGAGUUUACCAAGACACACUGGGUCGGAGACUGCGGACUGGGCAAGGUUUUUGAAGACAGCAAAAUUCCACUUCACCGCGCAUUCCCACACUUCCAGGGCGAUUCACCAGCUACCCUCAACCCAGCGACGUCCAAGAUCGACCGCGACCUGUGGUGUUACCCUACCAUCACCUACCACCACGUCUCACCUGCCGAGAUUGAAGAGCUUUGGGAGUUUGAGCAGGACUGGUACAAGCGACAUCAAAUUCUCCUACGUCAUCGAGAUGUCUUCACGGAGCUGGUCCGGUCCAAGAUUGACACGUCCGUAUUGGAAUGGGACAAUAUGUCUGCCGACAGGGAAUACAACGCCCACGACCAUUCUGCUGCCGCGAAUCAACUCGAAAGAAACGCAUGGAAAUCAUUUGAGCGCUGCCACGACCUGUGCGAAGAACAGAGCGACUGCAUGCAGUUUUCUUUUGACGCAGGCAGCUGUGCCAUCUCGACGACAUUCAAGCUGGGCUAUGCCAAGCCCUCGGGAAGAAUAAAGAGUGGGUGGAUGCUUGAUCGGGUCGACGACCUGUUCCGCCAGCUUGAAGACCGCUGUGGCCUGAGAGAUUGGUUUGCGCCCAAUGAAAGCGCAUCCAACACCGAGCUCAAGCUCAAGCGGAUGAUGAGAAGGAAGGUUUAA